UUUCCUUCAUUUGUUUAUUUGGACAAACAAUUUAAUUUACCUUUUUUCUGGUCACCUUUUUUCUAAUUCUCCACUGGUAUAAACUGCUGGUUUUUUAUGCCAGACCAACAUUUAAUCUAGCAGCAAACCUUUACACUAAUCUUUGUUGUAGUAGUGUCCAGCAGGUGGAGCUGCAAUCCUGCAUCUAUCCUGCAGGACCUGCAGAUGGUCCUGAUCCACUCUGAGAACUUAAUCCCGCCUGCAGGUCUUUAAUCCCGUCUCCUCAGGUCCGUUGUCCUUCCAUCUUGGUCCCAGCAUCAGCAUGGAGGAGCUGCUGUUGCCCAACGCCGAGGAGGAAGUCCGCUCCGACCAGGGAUCCUACGCUCCUGGUCCACGGGUCAGGAGUACGGGGGAAUGUUUCAUGUCCUUCCUGAGGUCUUUGGUGAAGAAGGAACUACAGAGGAGUGUGAGGAACUUCUGUCGCAGGCACGGACUCUUGACGCUGUCUGUGGUUGCCGUGGUGACGGGCUGCCUUCUGGGCUUCACGCUGAGAGGAACCCAGCUGUCCACACAGGCUAAAAUAUAUUUCUCAUUUCCUGGAGAGUUGCUGAUGAGGAUGCUAAAGAUGCUCAUUCUUCCUCUCAUCACCUCCAGUCUGAUGUCAGGUCUGUCCUCCAUGGAGUCCAAGGCCUGCUGCCGUAUGGGGGUCCUGACCGUCACCUACUACCUGUGGACCACCUUCAUAGCUGUGGUGGUGGGAAUCGUCCUGGUCCUGAUCAUCAAACCAGGCGUGGGCACAGAGGUGGAGAGCAACCGUUUGGGAGGGGGGCCAGUGAUGACAUCAGCGGAUGCUCUGCUGGACCUCAUUAGAAACAUGGUUCCUUCAAAUCUGAUCGAGGCUACAUUUCAGCAGUAUAAAACAGACCUGGUUCCCAUCCUGAAAAUCCCAACCAGGACCAUCCAAUCUGACUUUGUUUACGUGGUUCCCGAUGAGUCGGAUCCUCAGGGUCGGACCGUCUACCUGGAGCUGACUCCGCCCCCUGAGAUCACCUACAAGACCAGUCCAGGAACUAGUCAGCAGAUGAACGUCCUCGGCAUCGUCAUCUUCUCUGCCACCAUGGGUCUGUUGCUGGGCAGGAUGGGGGAGCGCGGUGCCCCUCUGGUCAAUGUGUGUCAGUGCAUUAACGAGUGUGUGAUGAAAAUCAUCAAUGCUGCAGUUUGGUACUUUCCUUUCGGGAUCAUCUUCCUGGUUGCAGGGAAAAUCCUGGACAUGCAGGAUCCCAGCACCCUGGGCAGGAAGUUGGGUUGGUACGGUAUCACGGUUCUUUCUGGGCUCUUUGUCCACGGAUUGGUCCUCCUUCCACUCUUCUACUUCCUCCUCACCAAGAAAAACCCCUUCUCCUACAUCAGAGGACUUCUGCAGGCCUUGGUCAUCGCCCUGGCAACCUCCUCCAGGUCAGAGGACUGGACCAGACUGGAUCUCAACAAGACCUGGACCAGACUGGACCAGACUGGACAGGACGGUGCUGAUAAGUUGUGUCUUCUGAUCCUGGUUCCUGGUCUCUGUUUCAGCUCAGCUACGUUGCCCAUCACCAUGAAGUGUCUCCUGGAAAACUGUCACGUCGAUCGUCAGAUCGCUCGCUUUGUGCUUCCCGUGGGCGCCACCAUCAACAUGGAUGGAACUGCACUGUAUGAGGCUGUGGCGGCCAUUUUUAUCGCUCAGGUCAAUGACUACGAGCUGGACCUAGGUCAGCUGGUCACCAUCAGCAUCACGGCUACAGCUGCUAGCAUCGGAGCGGCAGGUAUCCCGCAGGCUGGGCUGGUUACCAUGGUGAUAGUGCUGACGUCUGUGGGAUUGCCCCCUGAUGACAUCACACUUAUUGUGGCCAUUGAUUGGAUCCUAGACAGAUUUCGGACAAUGAUCAACGUUCUCGUUCCAUCGUAUGGAACAGGAAAACCUCACAGCUCUGGCAGUGUCAACGUUCCAAUGACUGAAAUUCACCCCAGCACAGAUUCCAUGUUUGAGGCCACGGGCGACUCAGCAGCCGAAAGACACGCCCACACCGUCUAUUACAACAUAUGUCAGGUCUGA